AUGAACACCGCCCAGCCGAGAAAAGCCUCCAAACAGGCCUGCGACAAUUGUCGCCGCCGAAAGAUCAAAUGUUCUCGCGACCUGCCGUGCGAUAAAUGUAGCCAUCUACUUUUGAACUGCUCAUAUAGUGAUGUCCUGCGUCGCAAGGGACCCAAGUUUCGCACAUUGUAUCCUCUUGCGCCGAGCCAUCCCCUAUCGCAACCACCUCCGGCACCAGCACCCGAAGAUACGAGCACCGCACACGACGGAUACAACGAAUACACACAACAAGAUACACCGGCAUCCCUAUCAGCACCGUCUUCAUUCUUUCAAUAUCAACAUCAAUUUCAAUACCAACCGCUCCAAAUCGUUCCUUCCCCGCCCGACUCCUCGACCGAUUCGGACUACUCCAGCAAUGCCCGGCCACAUGCGCGGCGAUUAACGUCGCCCAUCCUCCUCGCGCACGUCAAUGUUUUCCUUAAAUAUUUAUUCCCGAUUAUGCCAGUCGUGCGUCGCGAAGAAUUACAGCGCGAUAGCCAUCAUCCGGAGCGGGUGUCUGCGCAGCGGUAUGCGUUUCUGGCGGCGUUGUGUGCGGCGACGCACAUACAGUUGAAUUUGGACGGAGGACCGGCGUCGGAUACUACGGCAGUUGAUGGGCGGGGAUUGAUGUCUGGGGAGGAACUACUUGCGGAGGCAGUGCGUGCACGGAAAGAAUGCGACGUGGUCGAAGACAUGAACGUGGAGAGUUUACUAACAUCGCUAUUUCUAUUCGCAUCGUACGGCAACCUUAAUAAACAAAAGCAAGCCUGGUUCUACCUCUGUCAAGCGACUUCCAUGGUCUUUACACUCGGCCUACAUCGCGAAUCAACAUACACAAGCUUAGGCAUUGAAGAUGCAGAAGAAAAGCGACGUGUCUUCUGGCUACUCUUUGUUACCGAAAGAGGAUACGCCCUCCAGCAAUCAAGGCCCGUCAUGCUACGCAACUCAAUUCAAAAACCCCAAGUUCUCGGCUCCGACGACCCAAUUCUAGCAUAUGGCUUCAUCAACCUCAUUAGUCUCUUCGAGAAACUCACUGUCAGCUUAUACGACUGGCUAUCAGCCGGAGGUAGUUACGGGGACCAACUCCCAACACCAGCUUCGUCGAUCCAAUCAAGUCUCUGCAAUGCACCUAUCGCUUCGCUGCAGGGUGUGCUUGAGAUUCAGCAGGUCGAUAUCCUUAUCACGCAGCAGUGGCUACAGGCUAUGAUGUGGAAGCUUUCCAGGCACGGCCCGGAUUCUGGUGAAACCGAUGGCAGAGCAAUGCUCCCCUUCCACCUCCCCAUAGUCAUCGGCAAAGCCGUGAUGAGCGUCAUCGGGGCAGCAUCGCAGGGUGCCGUUGAUGCGCAUGGGAUCGGAAUGGAACAAAAGCUCUUCGAUCUAGGUGCAGCCCUCACAAACCUUACAACCGCAACCACAACCCCCGGUUCCCAAGCAUCCAAACCCCCCAUUCCAAACACAGAUGUCCGCGAACUCCUCUGGGGCAUUCUGACUACAUUAUCACGCAUCAGAGGUUCGGAGUCCUAUCUCUUCCCGAGACUACUAGAGCAGUCCAAGUCUGUAUUAGGAAUGGACUGUUCCAUCACGCUUGGGAAUUUCUUGCCGGAUCUUGCUCCGCCUCCGGCUGCCAAUGCAGCUACUAUCGAGAGUGCUGGGACGCCGGUAUGGGCAAUUAAUAAGAGGGAUAGUUGGGUUGUUGGUGUUAGGGACAGGGGUGAAGAAUUGGAAGAUGGUGAGGCAGGAAUGAUAAUCUCAUGA